UCGGAACGGGGAGGGGUGGAGGAAGCUGCGCGUGGCGCGCGACGUAGGGGGUGGCUCCGCCGGGGCUGCGAGCUGGUGUUUACGAGGUGCCUAACUCGUUCUAUCGGAGGACGGUACCGCAUUCUGAGGGGAACGCUCACGAGGAGGAGGAUGCUGGUGGUGGAGGUGGCGAACGGCCGCUCCCUGGUAUGGGGGGCCGAGGCGGUGCAGGCUCUGCGGGAGCGUCUGGGAGUAGGGGGCCGCACCGUGGGCGCCCUGCCCCGCGGGCCCCGCCAGAACUCGCGCCUGGGCCUCCCGCUGCUGCUGAUGCCCGAAGAGGCGCGGCUUCUGGCCGAGAUCGGCGCGGUGACCCUGGUCAGCGCCCCGCGCCCGGAUCCGCGCCAACACAGCCUGGCUCUGGCAUCCUUCAAACGCCAGCAAGAGCAGGGCUUCCAGGAGCAAAGCGCCCUGGCAGCGGAGGCCCGUGAGACUCGUCGUCAGGAACUCCUAGAGAAGAUUGCGGAGGGCCAGGCUGCGAAGAAACAGAAGCUGGAGCAGGAAUCGGUGGCCAGCGAGAGCCAGGAGGCCAGUGCGAACCCGGCUGCCGCAGAGAGUGAGGCCGGUGCGAGCCAGGCUCCUGGAGAGCCGGAGGAAGCAGGUUCCUCCUCUCCUCAGCCAGGGCCAUCAAAUGGGGUGGCCCCUUUGCCCAGGUCGGCUCUGCUGGUCCAGCUGGCCACUGCUAGGCCUCGACCUAUGAAGGCUAGGCCCCUGGAUUGGCGUGUCCAGUCCAAAGACUGGCCGCAUGCUGGCCGUCCUGCCCAUGAGCUUCGGUAUAGCAUCUACAGAGACCUGUGGGAACGAGGCUUCUUCCUCAGUGCAGCUGGCAAGUUCGGGGGUGACUUCCUGGUCUAUCCUGGUGACCCACUUCGUUUCCACGCCCACUACAUUGCUCAGUGCUGGGCUCCUGGGGACCCCAUUCCACUCCAGGACCUGGUUUCUGCUGGCCGCCUGGGGACCAGCGUCAGAAAGACGCUGCUGCUCUGUUCCCCUCAGCCUGAUGGUAAAGUGGUCUACACCUCCCUGCAGUGGGCCAGCCUACAGUGAACUCCAGAGACCCGUGGGGAUGUGGCUGCAUCUGUGGAAAGAGCCUUUCUAGAUGGUCCCAAGCUCAUCUCUGCAAAUGGGAGGCUGCAAACCCUCCUACCUCUUUCUGCGUUUAGAUUUUGACUCUGGAUUUAUAAACACUACAUCCUUCUUAUUUCCCUCCCUGUUUCAAAGCACUUAUUGGCUGUGAUAUUUUUGUAGUUACCUAUUUCCAAGCUGUGAGCUUCUUGAGGGUGAAGACUGGGUUUGAUUCAUCUCCAGUUUCUACAAUGCUUAGGGCCAAGAGGUCUCAGUAAACUUGUUGAAUAAA